GCAGCUGGGUGCGCCGAGCACACCCGACCGCCGCAGCACCUCGGCGCGCGGCCCCGCACCUGCUGCUCUCCCCCUGCCUGGGGCACCGCUGCUAUGCGGCUGGCGUUGCUCUGGGCCCUGGGACUCCUGGGCGCCGGCAGCCCUCUGCCCUCCCGGCCGCUCCCAAAUAUAGGUGGCACUGAGGAGCAGCAGGCAAGGCCAGUGAGGGCCCUGGGUAGACCCUGGGAGCUCCAGGUCCUUCCCGACAACCUCACACUCAGCCUAGCAGAGGUGCUUCAGACCAGUCUGCCUGAGGCCCUGCGGAUCAAACUGGAGCUGGACGGUGAGAGUCAUAUACUGGAGCUGCUGCAGAAAAGGGAGGUGGUCGCAAGCCACCCAACUCUGGUGUGGUACCAGCCCGAUGGUACUCAGGUGGUCAGUGAGGGGCACACUCUGGAAAACUGCUGCUACCAGGGAGGAGUGCAGGGCCAUGCUGACUCCUGGGUCUCUGUCUGUACCUGCUCUGGGCUCAGGGGCUUGGUGGUCCUGUCCCCGGAGAGAAGCUAUUACUUGGAGCUGGAGCCUGGGGACCUUCAGGGCCCGCCCAUUAUCUCCCGGAUCCAAGACCUCCUGCCAAGCUACACCUGUACCCCGAGGUGGGGUGCAUCUGUGCCCACUCAGGCUCCACCAGAGGUCCCCUUGGGAUGGCGCCACAUUCGCCGACAGAGGCGGGACGUGGUGACUGAGACGAAGACCGUUGAGCUGGUGAUCGUGGCUGAUCAUUCAGAGGUCCAGAGGUACCCGGACUUCCAGCGCCUACUGAACCGCACGCUGGAAGUGGCCCUCCUCCUGGACAUGUUCUUCCGGCCCCUGAAUGUGCGGGUGGCACUAGUGGGCCUGGAGGCCUGGACCCAGCACAACCAGGUGGAGAUAAGCUCAGACGCAGGCAUCACGCUAGACAACUUCCUCCGCUGGCGCCGAGCAGAGCUUCUGCCUCGAUUACCCCACGACAGUGCCCAGCUGGUGACUGCUACUUCAUUCUCUGGGCCAAUGGUGGGGAUGGCCAUUCAGAACUCCAUCUGCUCUCCUGACUUCUCGGGAGGGGUGAACAUGGACCACUCCACGAGCAUUCUGGGAGUUGCCUCCUCAAUAGCCCAUGAGUUGGGCCACAGCCUGGGCCUGGCCCAUGACCCACCUGGGAGCAGUUGUCCUUGUCCAGGUCCAGCCCCAGCCAAGAGCUGCAUCAUGGAGGCCUCCACAGACCUCCUGCCGGGCCUGAACUUCAGCAACUGUAGCCGACAGGCCCUGGAGAAAGCCCUCCUCGAUGGGAUGGGCAGCUGCCUCUUUGAACGGCUGCCCAGCCUGCCAACUAUGGCCAAUUUCUGCGGAAAUAUGUUUGUGGAGCCGGGCGAGCAGUGUGACUGUGGCUUCCCAGAUGACUGCAACGAUCCCUGUUGUGACUAUUUCACUUGCCAGCUGAGGCCAGGGGCACAGUGUGCAUCUGACGGACCCUGCUGUCAAAAUUGCCAGCUGCGCCCAGCUGGCUGGCAGUGCCGCCCUAAAAGAGGUGACUGUGACUUGCCCGAGUUCUGCCUGGGAGACAGCUCCCAGUGCCCCCCUGACAUCAGCCUGGGGGAUGGUGAGCCCUGCGCUGGCGGACAGGCUGUGUGCAUGCAGGGCCGUUGUGCCUCCUAUACCCAGCAGUGCCAGGCACUCUGGGGACCCGGGGCCCAGCCCGCUGCAUCCCUUUGCCUUCAUACUGCCAACACUCGAGGGAAUGCUUUUGGGAGCUGUGGGCGCAGCCCCAAUGGAAGCUACAUGCCCUGCAGCCCUAGAGACACCAUUUGUGGACAGCUCCAGUGUCAGGGCGGUAGGGUCCAGCCUCUGUUGGGCUCGGUCCAGGAUCUGCUCUGGGAGAUGGUGGAAGCCAAUGGGACCCAGCUGAAUUGCAGCUGGGUGCACCUGGACCUGGGCAACGAUGUGGCCCAGCCCCUCCUAACUCUGCCUGGCACAGCCUGUGGCCCUGGCCUGGUGUGCAUUGACCAUCAAUGCCAGCCUGUGGAUCUCCUGGGGGCACAAGAGUGUCGAAGCAAAUGCCAUGGGCAUGGGGCCUGCAACAGCAAUAGGCACUGCCACUGUGAGGAGGGCUGGGCACCCCCUGACUGUACCACCCAGAUCAGAGUAACCAGCUCCCUGAACACUGGGCUGCUUCUCAGCCUCCUGUUGUUGCUGGUCCUGGUGCUGCUUGGUGUCAGCUAUUGGCACCGUGCCCACCUGCGCCAGCGACUCUGCCAGCUCAAGGGGCCCAGCUGCCAAUACAGGGCAGCUCAGUCUGGUCCCCCUGAACGCCCAGGACCCCCGCAGAGGGCCCUGCUGAGGCCAGGCACCAAGCAGACUAGUGCUCUGGGCUUCCCGGCCCCCCCCUCCAGGCCGCUGCCACCUGACCCUGUGCCCAAGAGACUCCAGGCUGUGCUGGCUGACCGACCCAGCCCCCCCACCCGCCCUCUGCCCGCUGACCCAGUGGUGAGGCGCCCGAAGGGGCCUGUCAAGCCCCCACCCCCAAGGAAGCCAUUGCCUUCCCACCCCCAGAACAGACGUCCAUCAGGUGACCCGACUGACUCAGCAGCUGGAAUGCGGCCCCUGGUAGUCCCCUCCAGGCCUGCACCGCCGCCCCCAGAAGUGUCCUCGCUCUACCUCUGACCUCUCCUGAGGGUCCGCCGUCUCCAAUCCGGAUUUAGGACGACUUACUCCGCUCCCUGGAGUAUCCUGCAAUGAUUGAAGGAGUCGGAGCCCGGACGCGGUGGAGCAGUCGGAUUAAGACACCAGGCACCGCUACCGUGCCGUCGAGCGGCACCCUGGGGACCCGCCCACGCAGUCGCAGCCGGGACUCGGGGAGAGACGGAGGGCUGGACGGGACUGAGGGAGUUAAGCAGUCUGUCUCGGCUCGGCAGCAAUAAACGUGAGAUCCUUGGAAGCACGUCUCGGAGACUGGCUGCUCAGAGAA